AUGGGCUUCAUUGCCUUUCUGAAGACCCAGUUCAUAGUUCACCUCCUCAUUGGGUUUGUCUUUGUUGUGAGUGGACUGAUCAUUAACUUCAUUCAACUAUGCACACUAGUCCUCUGGCCCAUAAACAAGCAGUUUUAUCGCCGAGUAAACUGUCGCCUUGCCUAUUCGCUCUGGAGCCAGUUGGUAAUGCUGCUGGAAUGGUGGUCAGGCACGGAGUGCACCUUGUUCUCAGACGAGGCCACAGUGAACACCUUUGGGAAAGAGCACGUCAUCAUCAUCUUGAAUCACAACUUUGAGAUCGACUUCUUGUGCGGCUGGACUAUGACAGAGCGCUUCGGAGUGCUAGGGAGUUCCAAAGUUCUUGCUAAGAGAGAGCUACUAUAUGUGCCCCUAAUUGGCUGGACAUGGUACUUCCUUGAGAUUGUUUUCUGCAAAAGGAAAUGGGAAGAAGACAGAGAUACGGUUAUCGAAGGACUAAAACGUUUGGCUGAUUAUCCUGAAUAUAUGUGGUUUCUCCUGUACUGUGAAGGAACUCGUUUUACAGAGACCAAGCAUCGAAUCAGCAUGGAGGUAGCUGAAUCCAAGGGCUUGCCUAAACUGAAAUACCACCUGUUGCCCAGAACCAAAGGUUUCACCACUGCUGUCCAGUGUCUCAGGGGAACAGUUUCAGCAGUGUAUGAUGUAACACUAAAUUUCAGAGGAAACAAGAACCCAUCUUUAUUAGGAAUUCUUUAUGGAAAGAAAUAUGAAGCAGAUAUGUGCGUAAGGCGGUUUCCUCUGGAAGAUAUCCCUCAAGAUGAAAAGGAAGCUGCAAACUGGCUUCACAAGCUUUACCAGGAAAAGGACGCUUUGCAAGAGAUGUAUAAUAAAGAAGGCAUAUUUCCUGGCCAGCAGUUUAAACCUCCUAGGAGACCAUGGACUCUCCUAAACUUUCUUUUUUGGGCUACAGUUCUCCUUUCUCCUCUCUUCACAUUUGGCUUUGGAGUUUUUGCAAGUGGAUCACCUCUCCUUAUCCUUGCAUUCCUGGGACUUGUUGGAGCAGCUUCCUUUGGAGUUCGUAGACUGAUAGGAGUAACUGAAAUAGAAAAAGGCUCCAGCUAUGGCAAUCAAGAAUUCAAGAAAAAGGAAUAACUGACAGCUGCCCCUUCAGCA